AUGGCACCCAGCUUUUUUGGAAGUAGCAGCAGGGAGACGAGCAGUAGCGUCAAGUACUUCGAGAUUAGGCUUAAUGAGAGCAACCUGAUCCUCCGAGGAACCGAAUACGAAGCCUCCAGUGUUGUCCUCAAAGGAUCGCUGGUCCUCUGCCUUUCCGAACCAAUACGCAUACAAGGGAUAAGAUUGCGCUUCACGGGCGAGAGGCGUCUUGGCUGGUUCCAGCCGAGCGGCUCCGGAGCGAGCUCCAUCAAGUACGAAGAGGAAUUUUUACGACGUACAUGGGACUUCCAAAAUAAUGGCAAACGAUCUUCCGAAACGCUCCCAGCUGGAAACUACGAAUACCCGUUUGACAUGAUCCUACCAGGUUCGACGCCAGAGAGCGUCGAGGGAUUGACAGAAACGUGGCUUGUAUAUCGCAUGAAAGCUACAAUAGAACGAGGCAUGUUGCAGCAGAACUCGGUGGCUCGGAAGCAAGUUCGCAUCAUUCGAACACUCGACACAGGGGCUCUCGAGCUCGCCCAUGCAAUGUCCGUUGAAAACGUGUGGCCGGCUAAGGUCAACUACUCUCUCAGUACACCUACAAAAGCUGUGAUCUUUGGCACGACCGUUCAAGUCGACUUCAGAUUGAUACCUCUGCUGAAAGGACUGAAGAUUGGGAAGAUAACCACAGAAUUGAACGAGAGACAGGAGAUGACCAUAAAGGGGCCCCGAACACCCAGGAAAUGUCGUGAAAUCAUUCGACUUAUUGCAAAAGAUGAGCAUCGUCUCCCGGAUGAUGUCGAGGCCGAGAACAUCGGAGGACAGGAGGGAUACCUAUUUUCCAGGACCCUUGCUAUACCACAAAGCUUAAGGAAAUGUCUUCAAUCGGUCGAUGCCCUUGGGAUCAAGAUUCGACAUAAUUUGAAUUUCAAUGUUCAGAUGCAUAAUCCGGAUGGUCACGUAUCAGAACUACAUGCAACACUUCCCUUGUUCAUCUUCAUCUCUCCAAACAUGCCCAUUGACGAUAACAACAAUCUGGUACACCAAGGGCCACAAACUAUGAGUGCUUCCGCAGCUUUGGAUGAUCUUACCCCACCACAGUACGGGGAACAUCAAUUCGAUCAACUCUACAGCGACAUCGAUCCGAGCGGCUACAUGACACCUGCUGGAGCUGCCAGUGGAAGGGCCACUCCUUUCCAGUCACGAAGUCGAAGCGUCUCAACCGAGAACCUGGCAUCGAUGGACGGAGUUGCAGCCAGUGAUUUCGGCGCAAGCGUACUACAGUCUCGUCUGAGCAAUCUAGAUGUAGCGGGCUCCAAUCGAGGUGCGAGAGACCGCUCGCAAUUGUCGACUUCCGGCGACGGUACAGAACCUGGUUCCUUCGAGACUGCGAGGACGGAUGACGCCGGUACACUACAAAGCUCUCUCCCUCGCGGCGGCUACUUUUUGGGUGGACAUAGUCCCAGCACUAGCGCCCCGGUCUCCCGACGAGUUUCGGAAGAGGAUGAAGUGACUUCUGGUCCAGUGACACCUCAGCACAUCGAAUACAGCGCGGAAAGCCUGGCAAAGGUUCCAAGCUACACGACAGCGUUACAAUCCAAUCCCAGAACCCUGGUCAACGAUGGUCUACCGACGUAUCAAAGUGCUAUCUGUACACCCCGAAUCUCACCAGCAAUGCCACAGGCGCCAAGUCGCAUUCACAUUCAUCAAGCUACGAGAGAGCCUUAA